GGACAGAGCAUUUAUUACUUCGUCCAGCAUUAGUAGUUUUACCUCUUUUGCCCAUAGCAUUGCCAUUUUGCUGGAUUUUGUUGAAUGCAUUUGGAAAUUCUUAUCUUCUUGAGUUUGUUCAUUCUACUAAACAAAGCAUGAAAUCAGUUGACCCAUUUGAAGAAAUUGAAGAAAUAUCUCCUCCAUCAUUUGAACAAACAGUCAAAUGGAAAGAGUUAAAGAGUGUUUUCUGUUCUUUGCUUUUGGGCAAAGCUGGUCAUCUUUGGCGUUCUGCAAACCUCCUUCAGGUUUUGGGAAAAGCAUAACAGCUUUAUGUUGUGUUGAUAAGAAAGGUAUUCUUUCUUGGCCCAAUCCUACUGCAGAAAAAGUAUUUUUUUUAAAGUCUCCUAAAAGCAAAUCUAAUUCUGAAAACAGUACUCAAAUGUGUGAAGAUCCUGAUGUCAGCCAAGAGAGGAAUGAAAGUCAUUGCUCUAGUGAAGACAUUUUAGAAGCAAACAAAUUUGCAAAGUUAACUAAAAGAUUAGAUGUUAAAGAUCAUAUAUAUCACCCUGGCAGCCAAGUUGAAGUGCUGGAUCUUACUCACAAUCUUCACAGUCCAUUUGGCAUCCAGUUUGAUGAUCCCAACUGGAAAUUUUAUAUUGGAAAUUUAAAGCCUCUUGGACUGGGAAUUUUGCUGAACACUUGUAAUCCAAAAGCCCAAGAGCAUUAUACAAAGUUUUCUGAUCACAUUGCUUGUGAAUCUUUAUAUAAUGAUGCUGCUGUACCAGUUGUUAACAAAAGGUGCCUUUGUGAAUUAGCCAAACAGAUUGGCUUCUCUGAUUCCGUUGUUGAUUUCUACAAUCUUGAGCAACAACUAGGCAUUUUUCGGCAUGUGCAUCCAGAAGUUGUGCAGAAAGGAAAACUUGCAAGGUCUUUGAACUUUCCACGCCUUAAAAUGCCUUUUCCAAAUAUGUCUUGUGCAAUUGUGAAGGAUCUCCAUCGAGGUAGUUACCAGUUGUUUUCUCAAGGUACAGCUGAUUUAGUUUUGGAUGCUUGCAAUGAAUACUGGGAUGGAGAUGACAUUCGUAUUCUUACUGAUUCUGACAGGAAAAGAAUAUUAGACUUUUAUCAUCGUUCUAGCCUGACUGCACAUUGUAUGGGAUAUGCUUAUAGCCCAUUGAAUAAUGCUUUAAAUAAAAAUUAUUCUGAUGUAUACAUUGAGCUGCCUGCAGAGGGCUACCACUUAUUUUCUGCUCUAAAAGCUGCAACAUCUUCACCACGAUCCUGGGAUCCUCCUUGCAAUGAUGGUUGUGGUCGGCAUCAUUCACUGAAUCGUUACCUUAGUAGUGACUCUUUGAUAUUUCCUGAUCAAGAAGAGAAAUUUGAAGAAUUGUAUUCAGGAACAAAUAGCUGUCUUCAGCAAAUGGGCAAUGAAAUCUUUAUUGGAAUGGUGACAAUGCAGUAUCAAGCUUGUCCUGACUUUGUACAGUUGAUAGAACAAUUAGAUAAGGCAUGCAUACGUUUUGUGCAUUUUUCUAAGGAAAAUGAACUUCGAAGUAGGGUUUUUUCAGAAAAAAUGGGUUUGGAAUCCGGAUGGAACUGUCACAUAUCGCUCCUUAGUGAUGAGACAUCCUCCAAGAAUCAAAAGGAUGAUCAUGCAGUUUCUCCAUUAACAUUCACGCGUAAUUAUGUUUUCCCAGGAACUUUAGAAGAUUCAAGCACUAUUGAAACUCGAAGUGAAGUUCCAACUCGUCAUGCUAGUGCUCCAAGUGUUUUAAAUUUGGAGUCAAAUACUGUGAAACAUGAGGAACUCAGUCUGCAUUCCAAAAGUGAAGAUUCUGCAUCAGUUUACAUAUCUAAUAGAAUACAUUUAGGAACCGAUUAUCUAUUCCACAGUGGUGAUCAAGAAUUUUCAAAUAAAAAGUCUGUGUCAUCUGUUCAAGAUAUAUUUGUUAUUGAUGAAGGCAACCUAUCCCAUUCUCCAAGCCAUGUGACAGAAAGCACAGAUCAAAGCGCACCUGUUACUUUUGAUAUGUCCAACAGGGCAAAAUUACCUAAAGGAACAGAAAAUAUUAGACCUCAUAUAGAAAAUGUUGAUAAUGUACCUCUCCAAGUAUCAUUAUUUACUGAUUGUACUGCAGAUGCAACUAGGGAAAUGAUAUGUAUAAUGCAAGAAUAUGGAGAAGUUGUUUGCUGUUUAGGCAGCUCAGCUAAUACAGAAAAUAUGUCCAUAUUUUUACAGGCAGAUGCAAGCAUUGCCAUUGAACCCCUCUAUCCUCAUUUAUGCAUUCAACAGUCAGUUUUUGAUACUGCACCUAAUCCGAGAUUUCUUAGUUUCGAUAACUUAAGCUCUAUUCUAAACACAUUACCUUGUGGGCUGUGUUUUCACCGAGAAGAUCCAAUCAGUUUGUAUCAUCUCAUUAUGGAGGCAAGGCAUUUCAUGUGUAGUGUUCGAAAUGGUCUGCAGUUUAUGUUGUGUUGUUGCCUGAGUAUUGCAUUACUUCAAAUCAUUGCUGACAUGUUUUUCCUGCCUUUGGCUUUGCCUCUUGCUCAUAUGCUUUGGAUGAUUUGCCUUGAAAUUCCUUUGCUUAGUUUAUCUCUACUGGGGAAUCCUCUGGAUCCUCAUGUAAUGACACUAGCUACUGGAAAGAAUAUUAAAGUUGCAAAUAAACAAACAAUUCUGUUUUUUAUUGCAUGCUAUUGUGCCAAAUUUUGCCCAUCUGUGAUGAUUGCUGUUUUUUGUUUUGCCUGCAUCAUGUCCAGUUUUUGCAAUAUUUAUCUAGACAGUGGCACACAUAUUUGCUGGGUGUUUCUUGGGUUCAGCAGCUCCACUGAAAAGAAGCUUGAUACUUCCAUUUCAUGGUUUGCUGCUUUAACUGUUGGCCAGAAUGUUUUAUCAUUUUUUCUAAUCAUAUGUUUUGUUUUAAUAUCGAUGAGUUUCAUUCAUCGUUCACAUCUGCUGUGGAAGAGCAAUCCAUUUGCUAAUAAAUAUUGGCGUAUUACAGCUGUUUCUGUGAUUUUCCUUCAGUUAAUUUUCAGUGUGAUUGAUAUUGCUGUGCAUGUUGAUAAAAAAUUAGAACCGGUUAAAAUUCUGGAUCAUGUGCCAUAUUAUGUAUGGUUAGUUUGUGGUUUAUGGCCAUUUGUAGUUGUGCCCUUAAAUGAACUUGUUAAGAGGCAUGAAAUCAAAGUUAAUGUGCGUCAACAGAAAAGAGCAAGACUUGAAUUUUGUACAAAAUUAGGAAUGAAUUCGCCAUUUUAAAUAAUUUUAUGUAAUCACUAGAAGAGUGUUUUUAAUAUUUGUUUUGAAGAGAACAUAAAGGACAGGAUUUUUAAAAAUUUUUGUAGUCCAGUUUGUAUAUUUGAUGCAUAUAUAUGAGGAUUAAUAUUAAACUGAAUUUCUAUAUAUUUAUUUUUGUUAAAAAUGUAUAAAUUUGUCUUAUGAACACAUAUGGAGAAUGAGAUUGAUGUAAUCGGAAUAUUCUUAUUUAUAUGUUUGUGUUCUAGUCUAAAUGAAAUAUUUAAUCAUGUUAGUAGAUGUAUAUAACAACAUUGGUUAGAUUAAAGUUGCUUUUAUUUUUACAUAGCUGCCAAGUCUCUCAGUUUUUUAUCCUGGUAGGUCACAGAAUAUCCUGGCUUUAAGAUUUUAAUCUUUACUAAGCAAAAUAUUUGUCAGCAAUAAACGAUUCAUUCAAUUAAUGAAAAAAAUGUGCAAAUUCCAUUCUUCCACACCCUAGUGAUUUUUAGCAUAAUUUUUCAUAUUAAAUUUUAUUUGUUCUGAGUUGUCUUAAUCUGCUGUAGACAUUUGUGUAACAUUUUAUGAAGAUUCAAUCCAUUUUUAAGCAAUUCUUUCUAUUUAAUUUUGUUUUAUAUCUACUAUAUAUAGUACUUGACUAACAGUAGUAUAUCCAUUAAUUAGUAAUAGUAAUAGUAUCAAUAUACAGUAUACAAUAUACAGUAUAGUAUCAAUAUACAGUAUCAAUAUACAUAGUAUUCAAUAUACAGCAGUAUAUACAUCAAUUAUUAUUAAUCCAUACAAUAGUAUAUGUAUUAAUUUUAUUUUCAUUUUGUUUAAAAGUGUUUUGAUAAAUGAGUACUCUCCUUCCCCACUUAGGAUUUUCUCAAUAUAAAAGUAUAAAAAAAUUACAAAAUGAAAUUAACUAUGGACAUAAUGUUCUUUGAAUAUAAUUAAAUAUUAAUAUAUUUUACAUCAAAAUCCUAUCAUAAAUAGUUCAGUAGUCGUAAUCAUAUAUUAUAAAUGUAAGUCAGUUUGGAGUUCUUUUGAAAUGCCAUCGUGCACAAUUCUUAUAUGUUCCGGAAAACUCACAGUUUUUUAUAUUUCAGUUUUGGCAGCUAUGUUUAUAGAAUAUAUUUUAAAUCAGAUUUAUUAUUAUGAAUUUUUGGUUUUGUAACUGAAUUAGGUAUUAUUUUCCACUAUCUUCUGUGAUUUAUAAUGUGUCAGUAAAAAAUAAAUAGCUUGUAUUUUGUUUGAAACCUUUGAACUGCAAGUGUAAUACCAACCUCUUUGUAUAAAUGCAGUGGAACUCCAGUAACCAAAUCUUUUCUUUUUUGGCCUAGAAAAAUUUAACUUGUUAAGUUUGUUUACACUUUUUGUUGAUUUAAAUAACAUAAAAAGGAACAUAUUUUUGGGACACUAUUAGGUAAAUUUAUAAUGCAAAUUUUUAUAUCCAGUCAUGUAAUAGCAUUAUCAGAUUGUUAGUUUCAUUAUUGUUAGUUCGUUCGUUAAGUCAAUAAAGUAUAAUAUCGUAGUUUUCAAAGCGAGUUAUACAUUUUAUUUUUUACAAAUACAAAAUAAUUUCUUCAUUUCAUUUUGUAAAAAUGAAAAUUUUAUCAAAGAAGUGUUUAAUCAAAAACUUUAUUUAAGUAGGUAUUAAUUUUAUUGUUGGUUAUAUGUUCAAGUAAACUGAAAAAUAAUUCAUUACUUAAUUUUAUUAAAAAAUUGGUUUUGCAUUUGUAAAAAUAAACAUAUUUUAUAUUGUAAGAAACAAUUAAAUCUAUGAUGGGUAUUUAUAUGCAAAUAUUUAUUCAAAUACAAUAAUAAACAAGAAUGAAGUAUGAAUUUCAAAAUAAAAUUCCCUUACUUAAAUUAUAGUAAAUAGAAUUUACUAUUUUAAAGCCUAUAAAAAAAAAAAAAAAAAAAAAAAAAAGCAACUCAGUUAUCCAGAUUUUUUUAAAUAUCUAGAUGAGCUGCAGCAAUUUGGGUAUUUAGGAUUCUACAGUAUUUUUUGAAAAUCAUUAGCAGUGCUUAAAUGUAGUUGAAUGUUUUUGUGCACUAAGUUUUAAAAUGUUAUGAGUGAAAAAAAAAAA